CUGUGAAGGUUGAACCUUGGGAGUGUGGAGGCUGGAGUCAGCUGGUGGAGCGGGCCAUGUACUCAUCACACCAGUCCACUCCAGUCCACACCCAGGCUGACGGCUGAGCGUCAGCUCCUUGGCUCCCAUCGCUGUCUGUGAUGGAUCAGGAUGAUGCAGAGUCACAGAGGAAGAUGCUGGACAGGUCGGGCCUUCCUGUCGGGGAGGAGGACCUGGCGGUGCCACUGAUGGGGAAGGACCUGGAGGUGAAGGUGGUGUCCCCCAAGCCUCCUCCUGCCGCCUGCCAAUCUACUCCGCCCUCUGCCAAGGACCGAUGGUACGGGUGGGUGGUGGUGGCGGCCACCUUCGUCAUCAACGUGAUCGUUGCCGGGUACGUCAAGAGCUUCGGGCUCUUCUACCUGCCCAUCGUGCAGCAGUUCCCCAACACCUCCGUAGCCACCGGGGGCUUGAUAGUGGGCCUUCUGACGGGAUGUCGGGGGCUGCUUGCACCUGCGAUGGGGUUGCUGAUGGUGUGGCUCGGUCCUCGGGUGUGCAGCGUGUGUGGUGGUAUGCUGACCGCCCUGGGCUUCCUGCUGGCCCUCCCCGCCACCUCCGUCCUCCACCUGGCCAUCACUCUGGGGGCUCUAGUAGGCGUUGGAUUAAGCAUGAGCGAGACUCCUGGUUUCAUCAUGAUCUCCGAGUACUUCGAUGAGCGACGCUCCACCGCCAAUGGCUUUCGUGCAGCUGGGAACCCCUUCGGAGGCGCGGUGUUUCCGUUCAUCGUGGUCUUCCUGUCCCGAGAGUUACCGCUCAAGGGGAUCAUCCUCAUCCUCUCUGGCAUAAUGCUGCAAAUAUGCGUCCUGGGCAUGUUGCUAAGACCCUUUCCCAUCCACCAGAAAAUCAUAGAGCAGGAAUACUUUAAAAACAUCGCCUCUAAUUCUCACACAAACCAAAUUAAACAGCCCAGUCAACCGAUAUCCCCGAUCGAAGAAGAUAACUCACCAAAACAGAAGAAGGCGGUACAGCUAUCGGUCCUGAAGAAUCCAGUCUACCUUGUUUACAUCGUGAUGAUCGUCUGCACGAACGCCGGCCUGGCCAACACUAUGUUUUACCUCAUACUGUACAGUGCGUCCAUCGACCUCACUCAGACGCAGAUUUCCUUCAUCGUCGGGUUUAUCUCCAUCUUGGACGUGUUCGGGAGGAUGAUGAUCGGCUGGAUCAGUGACACCAACUGUGUGAAGAGGAGAUACAUCUUUAUACUCGGGCACGUUGUGGCUGGAUUGUCGACGCUGAUGGUGCCGGUGACCAGGAGCUUUUGGACGCUGCUACCAGUGGUGUGUGUGCACGCGAUGGGUGUGGCCGCCUUCUGGGCCCUCAUCAACACCCUCCUGGCUGACCAGUUCGGCGAGGAGUCCUUACACACCACCUGGGGGUUCUUCAGGAUGGUCCAAGGAAUUACCAGCUUCGCUUAUCCUUCGUUGUUGGGUUUGGUGUCUGACAUGAGUGGGUGGAUGGGGGCGCCCUUCCUCCUCAUCGGCUCCAUGUACCUGCUGGGAGGUCUGGUUUUCGCCCUCCAGCCCAUCGUCAUCAAAGUCUCAGGUAUCAAGGUCCCGCUGACGUGAUGCUCCAGCACCAUCCACAAGAGACUGUGACCUUACCAGCUGGGAACUCGACAUAACACACACCAGCGGACAACAACUGUUCCAGGUGGAAUGCGAGAAGCGGAGAUUGAAAACACGCCAAAACAUUUGGCGUGACAGAUCAGCAAAACGGAUGAAAGUCCUCCUCAGUGGACGAAAAACUGGCUGCGUCAAACACAAUUUAAUUAUUAUAAGAUAUGACAAAAUCAUUGGAAAUUACGAGAGAAGUUGGGCCAGUUUCUAACCUGUAAAGAGGGGAACCCAGGAGCUAAGUUCCCCUUGCCGGUAACCACACGCUACUUGGUGGCUCCCUAAAAACUUUGGAAGAAUAAUGUGUACACAAGUUUAGCCAAGAAAGUCUCAAAACUCAUAGAAGCUUGAAAUAUUGUGAUAAUUAAUUGCUGAAUAUAAACUAAUGGUUAUGUUGCUCAAUAUGACAUCAUUUGAAAACAAUUUGCUUAAUUACAUGCUUGAUUAUACUGGCUACAAGCAAACGGAUGUGUUCAGACAACUACAUAGCUGUUACGGGAGGAGCUACGCAGACUGAGAAGCGAGCUCAACAUCUGGUUCCUGGAUGAUGGCACUCUGGCAGGCACACGUCACUACGAGAGAACCUUCAGCCACUGAAAUCUAAGAAAAAGGAGUUGGAAUUCGCUCUUAAUCCAUUACAGUUGGAAAUCGUUGCAUCUAACCUAUCAAUCACAGAUGCGGUAAAAUCCGCUUUACCAAGCACCUCAAUUAUCACUCCCGCCAACAAAGGAAAUCUUUGGGUUGAAUGUCAGUGCUGUAAUCUUCAAAGAAAAGCGGAACGAUUUGAGAAGGACGAUUGAAAGAACUGUGGAUGCCCAUGAUGCUUCGUAGCACUCACUAGGUGCCAGAUCUUACCCAGGCUUACUGCUUUCCUAAGGCAUGCACUCUCCUUCGACUGACCAAAAUUCAAAAGUGUUACUUAAUACUGAACUAUGUCUAUCACUGAAACUAUCAGAAAAUGUCACCCCUACUUUCAAAAAGGGCAGAAAGAGCUCAGUAGAUGGUUACCGUCCGAUUAGCCUAACCCCACAUAUCUACGAGCUCAUGGAGAGAAUCCUAAGGGAGGGAAUCAUUCACCAUCUCACUGUGUACAGUGAAGUCAAAUCAACGCAACAUGGUUUUGUUAAAAAUAAAUCCUGCCUUACAAACAUGCUCACAUUUUUUUAAACGUUAACAAACUAGUCAAAUGAGUUCCAGUAGUCAAAAUAUAAAUGGACUUCUCUAAAGCUUUUGAUAAGGUACCACAUGAGAGACUGACAAGGACACUGCAUGCACGUGAAGUAAAUGAUAGAAUGCCAGAAUUCAUAAAAAAAUGGUUAAACAAAGAAAGCUAAGGGUAGCCCCUAAUUGUUUACGAUACAAAUAUUGGAAUCAAUGGGAAAGUUCGUUUAGGUCAUUUAUUAUCCAUCCUAUGAGUGGUAGUGAAAAGGUUGCAGAGGCACAUAAUGGGCUCAGGGACUGAGGCCCAAAAUUCAUUAAGCAAGAUACAGUCUUGAUUAGCUAUCUACAUAGUUUAUUGUAUAUAUCAACAAUCAUUUAUAGCAUAAUGGGUUCAAGAACUGAACUCCAACAAUUUGCUGGUACACCACAGAGCCAUCCAGUGGAAGGUUUACAAUCUUGUGCAUGCAGUACCCACAGUAAACAAACUAUCUGGGAUAUUUGGCUAAGAUUUCUGGUAGUAUAUAAUAUUAAAUUAACUACCAACACAUAUUUUGAACAUUUGAAAUAAAAUUAUCUCAAAA